AUGCGGCUUCAACGCUUGUUCGCGACGCAUCAUCAGUGUGUGCAAGCACGACAGCGUCAUGGAGCAGGAAUGGUGGGCGCGCACCCUCUAGACGGCGCCAAGCGUCAUGAGCAACUCCGCCCAGGACGGCUUAUGCUGGUCGAAAACCAGCCCCGACGCGUGAAACCUCCGCAUCGGAAGCUUGCACACGAAUCGCACCUGCCUUACGACCCCUACCCGCAGAGCGGAAGACGGAAGCGCCUGACACUGUUUCUAACCCGUGAGUAA